AUGAAAUUAGAAGAAUAAUUUAAGUUUGAUUGCAAAGUUGGAAAUCAUUAUUUAAUUUGUGAAAAACUUAAUCUAAAGGCUGAAGUUUAUGUUUUUAACACCUAAUAUGAUAGAGAAAAAUAUUAAGUCUAGGAAGAAGAAUUCAAUGCUACAAAAUCAGAAUAAUAAUAUGAUAGUGAAGAUAUUUCUAAUGAAAAUGACGAAAUUUUGAGUGAAGAAAUAGGAAUUUUACCUUAAAGAAAGAAGAAACUAUUAAAAUGGUCAACUCCUGAAACAUCCUCCACUCCACUCAUUAUUCGAAGAUAGAAAAUUAAUCGACUACUUAUGAUAUGA